CAGAAAAGAUUUUCCGAGGGGCGAGCGGUUCGACAUUUUCUCUCUCGUUUUUCCCGGAAAACCCGAAUCCCGGGAAAAAGAAACAAGCCUCGAGAUCACUGACCAGAGAGAGAAGGAGGGAGAUGGUGAGCGCAGCGCAGGCGGCGGGCGGGAGCCUGAGCCUGAGCCUGAGCCUGCGCGAUCGCGAGAUCCUGACCUCGGUGAACUCGGUGGCGUCGAGCUUCUCGCUCCUCGGCUCGGGCUUCAUCGUCCUCUGCUACCUCCUCUUCAAGGAGCUUCGCAAGUUCUCCUUCAAGCUCGUCUUCUACCUCGCCCUCUCCGAUAUGCUUUGCAGUUUCUUCAACAUAAUUGGUGAUCCAUCCAUAGGAUUCUUCUGUUAUGCUCAGGGUUAUACCACCCACUUCUUUUGUGUGGCAUCCUUUCUUUGGACAACAGUGAUUGCAUUUACUCUUCACCGGACUGUCGUUAGACACAAGACUGAUGUUGAAGAUUUGGAGGCUAUGUUUCACUUGUAUGUAUGGGGCACAUCCGUGGUUAUGACCAUCAUACGCUCUAUUGGCAAUGAUCACAGACAUUUGGGUGCAUGGUGCUGGUCACAAACAGGGCGCACAGGAAAGGCAGUUCACUUCAUUACGUUUUAUGCGCCACUCUGGGGAGCAAUCCUUUAUAACGGUUUUUCAUACUUUCAAGUGAUACGCAUGUUAAACAAUGCCACACGUAUGGCCGUUGGCAUGUCAGAUCGAGCAUACCACUUAGAUGCAAGACCUGAUAUGAAGGCUUUGAACAGGUGGGGGUACUACCCGCUCAUUCUGAUAGGAUCAUGGACUUUUGGUACAAUCAAUCGCAUACAUGACUUCAUUGAACCUGGACAUAAGAUUUUUUGGCUGUCUCUUCUUGAUGUUGGCACUGCUGCUCUGAUGGGUCUGUUCAACUCAAUAGCAUAUGGCCUGAAUUCUUCCGUGCGACGGGCGAUUCGCGAGAGAUUGGAUCUAGUAACGUGGCCGGAGACGAUUAGGCCAUGGUUGCCUAACAGUUCAAGGAUCAGACACCAACAGCAAGAGAGUGAACUAGUGUCACUGAAAAGCCAAGAUCCGCACUGACGAUUCCAAGAUUAUGCCCAUCUUCUUCGACGAGUGGUCGAGUAUAGCCAUGGAGCUACUGGUUUUGAAACCCUCAUCAGACUGAUCCAAAGUUCUGGUAGAUGCUCACGGGAUGGACCUUCUUUUGUCAUUUUAAUGAAACAGCCGGUAAUCUUUUCGCGACAAAGGGGUAGCGUUGCCCAUCUGCAACUGGUAGCUGCAAUCUUGUACAUUAGGAAGGUAAAAAGCCCUUUUUGCGAUUGUGAUUCCUUCCUCCGCUGGGGACUCGGGUGCCGGCUCCCCAUUUUGUAGGUCGAAUUGUACAACAAUCUCUCGUCUCCCUAAUAUCCGUUACGAUCAUAUUCUUUCGACAAUAGACUGAUCCCUGACUGCUUUACGUUGUUUCCGUCACUGAUGAUUAGAGCAGCUUCUUUCAUGUA